AGUAGAGAUAGAGAAGAUAACAUUCUGCGCGACGAUAUGCCGCUGUCUCUUCGCUCUCCCUGUCAGAUAUCUUGACUCUCGCCGGCGCAGCGCUCUCCACCGCUGCCCCUCCGCCGCUGCCAGCCAUGCUUCUCCUCCAGAAACACGUUCUCCUCCUCUCUCUCCGUCCCCGCGCCACGAGUGCCCUACUCUCCUUCCAGCACCGAUGCCUCUUCUCCAACACCCGAUUCGCCGCCGCCGCCGCCGCCGCCGUGGCGGCGUCGGCUAGCCCUGCCCCGUUCGCCGUGGAGGACUACCUCGUCGCGUCUUGCCACCUCACCCCGGCGCAGGCCGUAAAGGCCUCCAAGGUCCUCUCCCGCCUCAAGUCCCCCUCCAAGCCCGAGGCCGUCCUCGCCUUCCUCUCCGACCUCGGCCUCUCCGACGCCGACGUCGCCGCCGUCGUCGUGUACGACCCUCUCCUCCUCUGCUCCGAGGUCGACAAGACCCUCGUCCCGCGCCUCGCCGAGCUCCGGGACCUCGGGCUCUCCCCGUCCCAGAUCGCCCGCCUCGUCCUGGUCGACCCCGCCCGCUUCCGCCGCCCCACCAUCAUCUCCAAGCUGCAGUACUACGUCCCCCUCUUCGGCUCCUUCGAGAACCUCCUCCAGGCGCUCAAGUACAACUCCUACCUCCUCAGCUCCGACCUCGAGAACGUUGUCAAGCCCAACGUCGCGCUCCUCCGGGAGUGCGGGCUAGGUGAUUGCGAUAUUGCCAAGCUAUGCAUCCCCGUGCCGAGGCUGCUCACCAGCAAGCCAGAGCGCAUCCAGGCCAUGGUGGCGCGUGCUGAAGAUGUCGGUGUGCCCCGUGGCUCUGCGAUGUUCAGGCACGCGCUGCUGGCUGUCGCAUUCCUCAGCGAGGAGAAGAUUGCUGCUAAGGUGGAGUUCCUGAAGAAGACUUUCAGGUGGUCGGAAGCUGAGGUGGCCAUUGCUGUUGCCAAGCUUCCUGUGGUGCUGAGGAACUCCCAGGAGAGGCUGCUGCGCAUGUCGGAAUUCUUGAUGUCCGAGGUUGGGUUAGAGCCGGAGUACAUUGCUCACAGGCCGGCAAUGCUCACUUAUAGCUUAGAGGCCCGGCUCAAACCUCGGUACUAUGUUGUGAAGUUCCUUAAAGAAAAUGGAUUGCUAAAGCCUAACCGAAGCUUCUACACCGCAGCCCAGGUGAGCGAGAAGGUAUUCGUGGAGAAGUUCAUACGUCCUCACAAGGAAGCUGCGCCUCGCCUCGCUGAAGACUAUGCUGCCACUCUUAAAGGGGAAGUGCCCACUAGAUUCAGAUUGCAAUAACCAAGAACAGGCUUGAAUAGUAUUUAGCUGUUUUUUUUUUUCACAAUGAAGUUUUCACUCUGGAGUAUGCACAGCAAGCUGGCAAGUCCUGUUUCUGUUGUUUUUCUAACACUCUAACUGGAUGUUUAGUGUCCA